AUGACUUCCACACCAAUCAACAGAACCAAUCUCAACCCCAAGGGAUUGGUCCCCCUCGAGCACACCGACAUCGAGAUCGAGAUGUACGAGACUGCACACAUUAACUACGAUAAUGUGCAUAUCGAGUACAACCCUCCCGUCGCCUCCCUCUACGAAGACGCCCUCGUCCACGAAUCCGGGUCAGCUAUCGUCUCCUCGGGUGCCCUCUCCACCUCUUCGGGUGCCAAGACCGGCCGUUCCCCCAAAGACAAGCGUAUCGUCGACGAACCCGGAUCCACGAACGAUAUCUGGUGGGGUCCCGUGAAUUUGAAGAUGAGUGAGGAUGUGUGGCUCAUCAACCGUGAGCGUGCGAUCGAUUACCUCAACACCCGUAAGCGUAUCUACGUCUUCGACGGUUUCGCCGGCUGGGACCCCAAAUACAGGAUUAAAGUCCGUGUUGUAUGCGCUCGUGCGUACCACUGUUUGUUCAUGAGGAACAUGCUCAUUCGUCCCACGGCGGAUGAGUUGAAGAACUACGGAAAGCCUGAUUUCACGAUUUACAAUGCGGGUGCUUUCCCGGCGAAUAGGUACACUACGGGAAUGACCUCGUCUACCUCUGUUGCGAUCAACUUUAAGGAACACGAGAUGGUUAUUUUGGGAACGGAGUAUGCUGGUGAGAUGAAGAAGGGUAUCUUCUCCGUUAUGUUCUACCUCGGUCCUAUCAAGCACAACAUCCUCACCCUUCACUCUUCCGCGAAUAUUGGUGAGGACGGUGAUGUCACCCUCUUCUUCGGUCUCUCCGGAACUGGAAAGACUACGCUUUCCGCGGAUCCCAAACGUUCCCUCAUCGGUGACGACGAACACUGCUGGACCGACAAGGGUGUCUUCAACAUCGAAGGAGGAUGUUAUGCCAAGUGUAUCGGCCUCUCCGCCGAGAAAGAACCCGAUAUCUUCAACGCCGUCCGUUUCGGAACAGUCCUGGAAAACGUCGUCUUCGACACCGAAACCCGUGCUGUGGAUUUCGACGACACGACUCUCACCGAAAACACCCGUGCAGCCUAUCCCAUCGAAUACAUCCCCAACGCCAAAAUCCCCUGUUUCGCCGAUUCCCACCCGCAAAACAUCAUCCUCCUCACCUGUGACGCCCGCGGUGUCCUCCCCCCCGUGUCGAAACUCACGACGGCGCAGGUUAUGUACCACUUUAUCUCCGGAUACACUUCCAAGAUGGCCGGGACGGAGGAAGGUGUCACGGAGCCUGAGGCGACGUUCUCGGCGUGUUUCGGACAGCCGUUCUUGACGUUACACCCAACCCGCUACGCAGAGAUGCUGGCAAAGAAGAUGGAACAGCACAAAGCGAACGCAUGGCUCAUCAACACCGGAUGGGUCGGUAAAGGCCAAAUCCACGGCGGCCAGCGCUGUCCCCUCAAAUACACCCGUGCAAUCCUCAACGCCAUCCAUAAUGGCGAAUUGGCAAAGGUCGAGUAUGAAGAGUUUGAGGUCUUUGGGUUGCCGGUGCCGAAGACUUGUCCGGGUGUUCCUGAUGAUAUCUUGAAUCCUGGCACGUCGUGGGAGGGACCUGGGGCUUUCUCGGAGGAGGUUGGGAAGUUGGCGGAGUUGUUCCAGAAGAACUUUGAGAAGUAUGCUGAUGCUGCUUCUGCGGAGAUUAAGGCUGCUGGACCUAAGUAA